GCCGGCCGCUGAUUCGUUCCUGUCUGCUACAACGUCACGAUCAUGAUUAGAAUUGAUGAUCGGACGUUUUGAUUUCAUUGUCUGGCGCAGGGGCUUGUGAAAAAAAAAAUCUGCUGAAUUCGAGCAGCUGCUGAUUUGUCAACAAAGAAAGACAUUGUUGAACCUGGAACCAAUACACCUACAGUCAAGUCAUGCCACAGAGUGAAGAUCCUCUGUGAAGAUCCUCUCCAUAGACCCAGAAUAUGUUAGAACUUGGCAAAUCGUGUUGAGAUGUUCACACAAUUAUCAAGCAAGUGAAAGGGAGCUCAUUUGUGAUCCUGUGUAUGCUGAAUGGCUUGCAGAAGUGAAUUGGCUGGGAUCUCAUUCUCACCUUGCCUGAAGCAUGGAAGCAUGGCAGGAGAAGCGGGGUGUGCAUACUAUGAAUUUGCGGUCUGUGUUCACUGCUGAGCAACAGCGUAUCCUUGAGCGUUACUAUGAAAGUGGGAUGACCAAUCAAAGCAAAAGCUGCUUCCAGCUCAUUCUUCAGUGUGCUCAGGAGACCAAGCUUGACUUCAGCGUUGUCCGGACAUGGGUAGGCAACAAAAGACGAAAGCUGGCUUCCAAAGCUGAUAAGAAUGGUGUGGUGUGUUUGUCUGACCAUGCCAUUGUCAGAGCUGGAGGAACUCUAGGCCCGGUAUUAACGAGUGAUAUGGCUGCUGUUUGUAGUGUUCAGCAUGGGCCUUCUACGGUUCACCUUCUUUCUCCCCAAACCACCUGCCCUUCAUCUUCCUCCUCCACUUCCUGCUCCUCCUCCUCUUCCUCCUCCUCCUCUCCUCCAUCCUUUAAUGGAUCCAAAAACAAAAAUGAUGUUAUAGUGACUGGUGCUUACUCUCUCCCACGCAUUGUCGAUCACUUAGGCUCUUCAUCCCAGAGCAGGACAGCUGCAAAAGUAGUACAACUAAAUCCUAAUACUGAAUUGAGUCUGCAUUCUCAGCCUCUCUUGCACCCAGAUGUGGUGUCCCUCCAACACAAAUCUCAUCAUAUCCCCAGCUCCAGUACCUUCAUGUUUAGUCAGAUGAAAAUGCCUCGAGACCUAGCAUCAGUUGUCCCCAGCUGGGUUAAGCAAUGUGGAGCUCAACAGCACCAGCAAUGGCCCCCAACUUCACACUUACAAACAAUGACAAACCUACACCAAACUGCCCCAGUAGGUACUACAGAAAGUGGGGUCAGAAUCCAGCAGGUGUUCACCAUUGCUGGGUUAGCAGAGGCCUCACAACGACCUUCAAAUGAAAAGAAUCAAGAUUGCCGGAUAAGAAAUACAUGUGUGCCUGAUUCAUCAGAAACGUUUUCAAUUGCAAUGGAAACAGGGAAUGUAGAUGACGAAUAUUUAAGGGAAGAAGAGCUGGCAAACAUGGGUGCCCAGAUGCAGCUGAGCAAGUCAGGAAGUAGCAAUGUUAAUGGAGAGGAAAACAGUAGGCUCUUAUCAGAAGAGCCUUCAACAAUUACUAGCCAGGCUUUGUACACUGUGACAUCAAAGAACCUACUGGAGGUGGCACAUAGUUCCCCAAGUUCUGUGCAUUUUGGAGAAAAAGGGUGCCAGACCAACACUGCUUUGCUGCUUGAUUCAGGCCCCAGUAGCAGAUAUCCAUUAAGACACUUUGCAGAGUCCUCUCCAUCAAGAAUACCCAAUCUCAAGGUAAGUAUCAUGUCAUCUCCCUGGCUUCUUAGCAGCUCCCGUAAAAGAACGCUCCAGGAUAGGACUCAGUUUAGUGAUGAAGAUCUGUACACGCUAAAGAGGUACUGGGACAACGGCAUGACCAGUCUGGGCUCUGUCUGCAGAGAGAAGAUUGCAGCAGCUGCCACUGAGCUCAGCGUGGACAGUGAAAUUAUCAAGACAUGGAUUGGUAACCGCAGAAGGAAGUAUCGACUGAUGGGUAUUGAUAUUCCACCUCCCAAAGGUGGGCCAGCGACCUUUCCUAAAGUAGCCAGUACAGAGCUACAAUCACCUUUGACCCCUGAGGGAGACAAGCCUAAGUCUGUUGAGCCACCACAGGACAGCGAGCAGAAUGGUGCAGUGUCACUUAUUUUAUCUAAAUAUGGAGCAAGUGACUCUUAUCUGAGGGAAAAUGAUGAAAGGACUGAUGGACUGAAUAGAUCUGGUGUCACUGAGAAUGUGAAAAUUGAAAUAAUUGGUGAAGGUGAUGAUGAAGAUGACAGUGAUGUGAUUGCCAGUGACAUGGAACACAUGCAUAAUCUUUUAGAGUACAAACAUGAGGAAGUCCAGUAUCUUGAGAGUGAGCUAGAGAGGCAAAAACAGAAGUACCAUGAGCUGAGGACCUUUACUAAAAGCCUACUUUCAGCACUGAAGAGCAGCAACACAGAAAAGCAGCAUGACCUUUUAGCCAACCUACCUCACCAAGUGGAAGAAGAUUUUGCAUCGAGUCCAGAAAGGAAUUCUGAGUCUAGCAUUGAGAUGAUCACCAAUCAGAAGGAUUCCUCUGUAUCAGAGGGGGAGGGAGAUGCUGAGCCCAAGAGACAGUAGUCCAUCCUCUCCUGUAUAAACUCACAUGCACUAAACUUUGCCUGUGGUAGAUUCCCAAGAAUUGUAACAAAUACACUGCAGCCUUUUUGCUGCUUCAAUCCAGUCUUACAUCAAUAAACUUCUCCAAUUGAGUUUCUUCA